GCCUGUGCACAAGGGACCGACUUGUAUCUGAAGAAGGGAAUAGUCUCAAAGGCACCAUGACAGGAAAGGAUGGGGCUGUGUUGUCGGGAAGUUUGAACAAAUCAAAAUCAGUGUGUGCCGCUGAGAACGGGAGAACUAACAAUCAACAUCUAUCAAAGAGCGCCACUACUCAUACGCCCAAAUGCACGGGUUUCGGCAUUCAGGAGAUUUUGGGACUAAAUAAAGAGCCGUCUUCGGCUCCACGGAACACACUGGACUCUUUUCCAGCUGGGGCGCACCUGUUAGCUACGAGGUCGAUGCUCGGUCCAGCUGGUGUUGGGGUCGGGAUGGGAUUAAUUGGCCAUGGAGGUAUUCCGUCGUUCUACAGCCAGCCCGCGUUUCUGGAGGUGCUGUCAGACGCGCAAACCGUUCACCUUCAGCCGCUCAACAGGACAGUGGGUUCGAUGGAAGCUAACCAUUCUGCUAGCUCUGAUUCAGAGGACGUCUCCUCAAGUGAAAGGAAAAUUUCUAAGUCUUCUCUAAGCCAGAGCAAGAAACGAAAAAAGAGACGACACAGAACAAUAUUUACAUCUUACCAGCUGGAGGAACUAGAGAAAGCUUUUAACGAGGCUCAUUAUCCUGAUGUAUAUGCCAGAGAAAUGCUAGCCAUGAAAACCGAGCUGCCCGAGGACAGAAUACAGGUGUGGUUUCAAAAUCGAAGAGCCAAGUGGAGAAAGCGUGAGAAGUGUUGGGGUCGUAGCAGUGUGAUGGCUGAAUACGGGCUGUAUGGUGCUAUGGUGCGUCAUUCCAUCCCUCUGCCUGAGUCCAUACUGAAGUCUGCUAAAGAGGGCGUCAUGGACUCCUGUGCCCCCUGGCUUUUAGUUCAAGAUGGUUUUCCUACCACCAGCUGCUUUUCUAAACACGAAUACCCACCAUUCUUUUCAGGGAUGCACAAGAAGUCCUUGGAGGCUGCUGCGGUCCCAUCAAACGAGAAGUCAGAUGUCACUCAGAAACCACCCAAUCCCAAGACAGAUGAGAGCGAGGCUGAGGAAAAGAGGACAGAGUCACCCAUGUCCAAAGAGGAACUGAGGGAGAACAGCAUUGCUGUUCUCAGGGCAAAAGCACAAGAGCACAGCGCCAAAGUGCUGGGAACAGUUUCUUCUGAGAUACUGGAGCACAAGAUGGAGAUAUCAGCGACAGAGAAGUCUAGCGAACAGUUAGACGCGAAAGAAGAGGAAAAGAGUUCUUAGGUUAUGCACAGUAAUUCUUCAGUCAUACCUCUAAUGCCAUAAAACAAAAAUAUAUCUGGAUUAUUUUCUGUUUAUCAUAUUUCUGCAAAAACGGGACAUUUGGUUAUGCAUUUUGUUUUACCAUAGCAAUUUCUAAAUGAUUAAAAUGUGGUAUUCUUAAUUUGAUAAUAAUAUACAUCCCCAUCAUUCCAGGGAUUAAUAUUUAGGUUUUUUACAAACAUUCCAGAACAUCUAAUUAAAAUUGAAUAACGAUGGAGCAUGCUUGUUCCCCUUUGUCAUGAUGGGAAAUUUGACAACUGUGGCAGACCAUAUGUCUUUGUGUGUUUAUUUGAACUUGAACCUGAUCCAAUUUAAGUAUUUAUUUUCAGUCAUUAUUAGAAAGCAAUUGGUCAAGAACUCCUAAUGAGCUUUGAAAUAACAGAGCUCAGUGCUUCUUUGUUCAUUUUGUACAGUAUCUCUCUUCUAAAACUCUUAGUGGUUAAAAGUUGUAAUAGAGUGUUUUGCUGUAAAUAUUGUAAAUGAAGAUAGCUUGCUACAGUAUUGUUUGAACUAUACAUUAAUGUACUGUAGUCUUAUUAUGUGCUUUUUUCGUAAUAUGUGAAAUGCAAUUCAAAUUAUUA